GAUGCAUGGCGGAGGUAUAAAGCUUUGCCGGGUGAAAGAAGCGGCAGUCCACCUCACGGCGUGACCACAUCUGCCGACAUGUUCUCUGCGGUGCUAAAGGUGUGUCUGCUGGCAGCCGCUGCCCUGGCUUUGCCCGGUGGCUCUGGGGGUGGCUUUGGCGGUGGGUACGGAGGCGGAGCCGGCGGCGGCGGCGGAGGUGGUCAUGGUGGUGGCGGCGGCGGAGGCGGGUUUGGUGGUGGAUAUGGAGCUGGCGGUGGCGGUGGUGGUGGUGGUGGCGGUGGUUACGGCGGCGGCUAUGGAGGCGCCAUUGCAGUACCCAUCCCUUACAACUUCGACUACGGCGUCUCAGCGGGUAACACCAACUUCGGCCACAGCGAGAGCGGUGACGGUCACGGCAACGCCCACGGCGGCUACUGGGUCAACCUGCCCGACGGCCGCGUGCAGAAAGUUGACUACUGGGCUGACGGCGGCGGCUACCACCCGGUGGUGACCUACCAGGGCACCGCUGUCUUCCCCGCCGGCAAGGGCGGAUACGGAUACCACUAAGGCGACCAUGGAUCCACUACUGUACUAGUGCCGCGGGAAUGACAGGGAGCCACUGUAUCUUAAUUUACUUAUCCUUGUGUUAAUUAAGCAUUUGUUGAAUAAAUGGCUGC